GUUUGAUAUAGCCUCUUUACUCCACGAUUGAUGCUAUUGCGGGCUCAUAUCUUGGAACCUGAAAUCUUCAUCCCUCCCUAUGUCUCAUUGAGGCUACUCAGAGGCCAUCCAAUUCGAUCAUAGUCACCAUGUCAUCAUGGGCUACCACCCCUUUCUACCCACAGCUGUCGCAAGGGUCAACGUAUUAUGUGUCCCAGCCGGGCCGAUAACGCCAGAUCGGUUUCAGGAGUUCCUCAAAUCUUUGCAGAAUGCUGCGAUCGUCCAACGUAGAGUUGUGGACUCUUCUCCCUCUUCUGAAGCUGUUGACACAUCCCGUGCAGGAAAUGGCUGUAUCUUUUACGACGUCUCAGCAAACCAACAAAGAGGCCGACCGCAUCUUUUCCCUUUCGAGACGAACACACGGUGCCAGGUGCUCCUGGGACUGAUUGAUGGCGACAGAGUUGCCAAUGGCGUGGCUUCGGACGAAGUCUCUGCCACACUUGACUCUAUCAGAACCCGAUUCGAAGAGCAGCUGCCCUCGAGUCCUGGAUUGGUCGUUCGUCGCCUCAUUUAUUGCGGCCCAGAGCCUUCCAGCCCUGUUGGCCAUGGCAUUCUCAGUAUGCCAACCGCUGAUGUUGAGAAUGCCGCACGUACAAUCAUGACCACUAUUUCACGGCAACUCCUGGACGGCAUCGAUCUCAUUCUUAGUGACUUUGAAGAUCAGCCAAUCAGCAUGGUGCCAGGUGCAAGCUCACAGACUCCUCGGCGCAGCGGCACAACUCCAAUCCCAGGAGAGAGAAACUCGACUCCCGUGUCCGCAAAGUCUCCGAGCCCGAUGCCGGCUUCCAAUGGUUCGGAGCAGCAGAGCGAUACAUCGAAGGGACGGUUCAACGUGAUUCAAGGCAUGUUUUGGCUGCAACGUGGCUCCUGGACUGAGGCAAUGAGCUACCUUGCUGAGGGAGCUGUCAUCGCGCAAAGCGGUCACGACCAUCUGUGGCAUGCAAAGGCUCUAGAGCACCUUCUUAUCUGCAUGCUUCUCCUGUCUUGGUCCGAACUAAGCUUCACUGUACCGCAAGUCUGUCGCUCUUUGCCAAACAGAAGCGGAGCAUUUCAAGCUGAAGUUGCACCAAAGUCAGGCGACUCAUUGAAGAUAUUGGCCCAGUUGCUACCGCCAUUGGUUGAGACUGUUCUUGAACUCUACGCCAAGGUAGCCAAUUUGGACCUGGGUGGCUCUCUGCAAGACAUCCUGAGGGAAUGUCGCGUCAGACUUGUGAACAUACUGAUAUAUGUGAAGCGCGCCGGGGGUGUGCUAAACAAACAAGGCCUGAAUCAGAUUGUGACAGGUGACAGUGCCGUGCCUGAGAACCCCGUACAGACUAAUGGAGAACCUGUUGCCAUCUCCAAAGCUGGGCUGGCCAAUAUCCUGAUCGAGACACUUCAAGAAGCUCAAUCGAGCAGAAAUCCAUCGCAUCCUACCAGUAUAUUGGUUGCAGUCGCCGCUAGUUUGUCAAUGCUGGGGUUGGAUCGCAAACAUGCCUUCUAUAUCAAACAAUUGAUGCAACAGUUCGUUCCGAAAUUGAUCGAGGCGAGGAAGAUUGGUGCUUCUGAGGCUGGUAUCCAUCCCGCAGCUGGACUUCCACCUCUAAACACUGCUCUUCUGGGUAUUCUCCCAGAGAUGAUGGUUGGCACGAGGGCCAUGCUGAACCUCGCAGCUGGAGCAUAUGGGGUCCCUAUGCCACCAGUCCACAGGCCUGCGCUGAGGAUAUCUGCUGAUCUCAAUGACAUCCAUGUCAGACUCAAAAUGUGGGCCAUCGAGCACAGUUCUGGAGACGCCAUGCUGAAGCUGGAAAUGCUGCGAACGUGUGUGACGGUAUGUGAGGCAUUGCCUGAUGUUCCCGCUGGGCUUCAUUUCACGUCGAGCAUUCUGCGCGGAGCGAAACAAAUUGUCACCAUGCCAAAAUACCCAACUGAUGCGGUUCCAUUGGUCUCUGCGGAGGAGCAAAUACGUCUUCUCGACAGUAUCAAACGCGCUGUCUUGGCGGCUUCGCGGCUAGGUGCAGAUGGCUGUCGUGCUGAAUACUGGGACGAUUUCCUCGUCCGAGACAUUCAAGUUUUCGAACAAGGUACUUUUGCGAAGCUGAUUGCACACAAGCCUAGUGACCUCGCCAUACGGGGAAGUGGGCUUGUCGAAACGGUGCGGGAUCCAUUCAUCUACAAUCCUUUCUCGAAAGACAAGACCGUCGCCGCCGCUCCAGUCCUAGUAGCAGGGGAACUAGCCAUGUUUGCCGUCCUGCUGCAGAAUCCACUCGAAGUGGAGAUUGAAAUCGAAGAAAUGAGUCUGUUGAGCGAAGGAUGUGAGUUCACUCCCUCACACCACAGUAUCGUGCUGGGUCCUUUUUCGACGCAGAUGUUCACACUCAGUGGCACCCCAACGGGAAGCGGUGACUUGCAGAUUAUUGGUUGCAGAGCAACCGUACGCAACUGCUAUGAACAGGACUUCCUCACAUUCCACGAUGAUUGGAAACUUCCAGUGAUCCCGAAGCAGAAUGCUAUAGGAAGGCCAAGGUCCAGAAGAGAGCAGGCCAAUGAAAACGAAGGCUCCAUGCUACUGGCAAAUUUCCCGUUGAGUCUACCAGGAGCGACACCGUUGAAGCUCCAGGUCAUCGGCUCUCAGCCUCGACUUGUCGCGAAAUCCAACAGCCUGGGUGAUCCGGCCAUUAUGCUGCUGGAGGGAGAACGGCGUGUUUUCGAUCUCACGGUAGUCAAUGAAAGCCAGGUCGUGGCAGCAGAUUUCGUCCUUGUCACUACAGAGGAUUCGGUCACUGCGAGGCUGCAGGAGGCUCUUACGAAUAAAGACCUGAGCCCUGCGGAAGCGUUCGAAAUCCAGAACCAGCUCACCGUGCAUCUAGCUGUGGAUAUCAUAGAUCAGCGCGACAAGAACUCCUCCAAAACCCUAGAGCCUGGCCAGAGCAUUGCAUACAAAGUGACAAUCUUUGGUCGAGCAGGCCUUGUGAGCGCUGCGGUACAAGCCAAUUAUGCACACCUUGGGGCACCGUCGUCGGAAGUGAAAGGGACUUUCUACACCAGGCAGAUCAGGUUCCCCAUCUCUGUCACAGUCAACGGGUGCGUGGAAAUACCACGCUGCAAUAUCUUCCCGAUUCAUGGUGACUUCAGCUGGGGUUCCGGCUCAACUACAGACAAGUCAGGGGAAGUAUACGAUCAUGAUCCCGGCAGGAUACCAGGUGUACCCAUGCUGUCCAAUUGGCUCAAAUCUCAACCUGAUGCAAGUCAAUACUGCAUGUUAUCGCUUGACCUACGGAAUGUCUGGCCACAACCCCUUCACAUUGAGCUGCAAGCAGCGAAGUGGAGAUCAGAAUCAGAUACCGACGAUCAGCUCUGGAAGGAUGCGUAUUCAGUCACUGAGACACUGCAACCUGGACAUGUCAGCCGGGUGAUUUUGCUGGUCCCUCGCCUGUUCAUUCAGCAUCCACAUGCACCAAUUCCGAACCUAGAGACCCAGAAGCAAUUUGUGGUAACGGCAUCGAAACUAAGCCCAGAAGCAGAAGCAGCAAGCCGAGAGUCCUUCUGGUACCGCGAAGAGCUUCUUAAAUGCCUACGAGGGACGUGGCGGGAAGAAGGCUCAACUAGACAUGGAGAGAUUGAUCUGAGGAAAGGUGUCAGAUUGAGUCCACGUAUGGUGGAUGCACUCAAAGUCAACCACGUCGAGAUCGAGUUCGCUGUCAAACCGCACGAAAAGAUUCGAGUGAUGGGCGGCGAUGGCGACACAGGCGUGAGAAAGAUCGGAAAAUCACAUUUCGUCGUCCAGACUGAGGUGUUCGCAACCCUUUCAGCUACAAUUUACAACCACAGCCAAGAGAGCUUGCGCCUACUCCUUCGUCUCCAGCCUGCUCUGCGACACCAACCUCAUAACAUCGCCCUGGACUUAACAAAGCGGUUCAUCUGGACUGGUGUGCUCCAGCGUGCCCUGUACCCCGCCAUUGAGCCUGGCGGUAUUUGUGUGGCCGAACUGGGUAUAAUUGCGCUUGCUGAUGGAGAGUAUGAGAUCAAUGCGUCCGUUGAGGAGAUCAGCCGUCGUCGCACGCAAAGCACUGUAGCGUCGUCGGAGGUGCCGGGCGCUACCCUCGAAAGACGGAUCUGGCAUGCCAGAUCGCCUUGUCUGAUCGACGCCGUUGGGCCGGAGGUUUCGCAUCUCAAGACCUCAGAGGACUGAUAGAACAAGGUCAACAAUCUGCAGAAAGACAUCCCGCUCAAGUUCGACUUUGGCAAGCCCUAGUCCAAGCAUGAGAGCGCGACUUUCAUCGGGUGUCUUGCUGACGAUUGCAUUGGCAAUUUGCGAAGCGUACAGUUGGCCCAUAGCUUCACGCUCAGAACCACCGGCACCCAGCAGUGUCCGCGGCGAGAAGCGAGUCGAUGGAAGCAAAGCGUCAUCUCCCGAGCGGGCUGUUUGGAAGUAAGGGUCCGAAUGAGUAGGGUUGUCGCUCAGGAGUGGCACCGUAACCUCGUAUGCAUGUCAGCAGGUAACCCAGGAGAUAUUCGCUAGUCUUGGGGGUGUAUAUACCCAUUGACCUAGCCUUCCAUUCUGC